CUACUGCUAGAUUUCUAACAAACUAACAAUAUAAAAAAUCAACAAAAAUACUAUUAUUAUAAGUAUUAUUUAUCUAAAAAAAACAGUUGGGUUAUAAAACAAUUUAUUUAUCUUGUACAUACUGUACUUAAAAUGUGUUUAAGUUGCCCCAUUGUAGCUUAUUACUAUCAUGUCCGAAAUAAUUGAUUCGGAAUCCAACAACCUCUGUACAACUGAGGACGCAUUCGAAAAGUUUCAAGCAGUAUCAAUGUAUGAAGCAGAAGAGUAUAUAACAGUCUCUGAUGUUUUGUCGCCUCCGGGAACCGGCAAUGAUAUAUCUGACAUUAUAAAGGUGCCAGGUGACGAAGUCUCAGGACAAUUACAAGAUCCAAGUCAAACAGUAAACUCAAUAAAUGUACAAGAGUCUCCUGAAAGCAACACCACAGAAAACAAUAAAGGUAAUGUUUCUAAAUGGAAAAGGAAUAAAAAGAAAUAUGGCAAGCAGUAUAGUAAAAUUAUUAAAAACGAUUCCACCGAAACAUCUAUAACCACUUCUGUGAAUGAUAAAACGACAUCUUCUUCAAAAAUAGAUAGUAACUUAAAUUAUGACAUGAUAAUAGGAGAAGAAAACUCACAAUUAGAUUUGGUGGAAGAGUUAAAAGACCAACCCAAUUCAAAUAAAAAUUCCAAGAAAAAAUCCAAAUGUUUGUCAACUUUAAAUAUAAAGAAAGGUUCUCACAUUAAAAUAUUACCUAAGAGAGGUAGACCUCCAAAGCUUAAAAAAAAAAAGGAUGAUUUAAUUGUUACGCUAGCUAUUGAUGGAAAUAAAAAAGAUAAUCAAAAAAGAAGAAAAAUUCUACCAGAUAUUUCUUUAACUUCUGAGCCUUUAACUAAUUAUGAAACAAAUCUUGUUCCUAGAAGGAAUUCUAGUAAAAAUAAAUUAGACUCGAAGAAAUGUAAAGAUAAAACUUUGAAAGAUAUUUUCAAGGAAGACAAACCAGAGAAAGUGAGUAGCUUAACUAAUAAUAUUGAAUUAAAAAAUGAUGAUCUUAAUGAGGAAGAUAUACCAUUAGUAGCAUUGAGUUCUAAGAAUAACAAGAUUGUCCAUAGUGUUGUAAAUAAUUUAGAAAUAAGCAUAGAUACAAAACAAAAAUCAUUAAAUGAUUCUGUUAUUACUCAUCCAGUUGAUUCUGGUUUUUUGACUGCAAAAUCUCCUAAAAAGCGUGGUAGACCAAAAAAAAUGAUAAUGAAUAAUACUUCUGAAAGUAAAUUAAAUGUUAUUAAAAAGGAUUGUGAAAACAAGGUUGCUAGUAUUGAUGCUGAAAGCUUGCAAAACCUUAACAAUGAGCCAGCUAAAUCUGAUUUAUGUAUUUCACAAAUACAGGAACAUCUUGUGCCUAAAGACUCUAUUAUAACACAGGAUUUAGAAGAACGUUUACCUAAUGAAUGUCCUUCUAAAAGAAGCUUAAAAAAGCCAACUAUGUCUGACUUUGAAUAUAACAUUGACAGUAUUGUUAAGCGUGAUGAUAAAUCAGUUGAAUCAGAAUCGGAACAUAGUGACAUGAUUGAAUCACUUAUAAAAGAAUCAUCCAGACCUGUACGUCGGAGAGCUAAAAAACAUUUCGAUUAUGACGAAGGAUCAGAUGAGGAUCCUUUUGCAAAUAUAGAAUUAUCUGAUGAUGAUCUACCAAGACGAAAAAAAGGCAGUAAAUGUUUUUCUGAUGAUGAGUACAUCCCAGGGAAUAAAAGGCAACAGAUUGAUUUAUCAGAUAGCGAUAUAGAUGAAGACUUUGAAGAGUUUGCAAAACAAAAGAAAAAAAAAGUUAAGAGAUUAGAUGAAGGAUCACCUAACAAAAGCCCAAAAAAAAGAGGAAGAAAACCAAAUGGGGAAAAACUAAAGAGUGUUUUAAGAACUUCUGCGGACUGUGAAACACAUGACAAUGUCGAAAUUAAUGAAGAAUUCAUCCAAAAAGAUGUAAUUGAACAGAAACAAACAAAUUCUUGGGAUGGUAAAAAUGAGUUUCAAAAUUUCCUCGCUAAAAUUGCCAAAGGAACUGAUAUAAAAAUUAAAAAAGCCGAACCAAUUGAUAUUGAAAAAACAGUGUUGCAAAUACCAGUUCUUGAAUCUACUACAGUCAUGAAAACUGUAGAAAUGUUCACUCAAACCAAUAUUACAACAAAGCCAGUUGCAGUCCAAACUAAUACUUUAUAUGACAUUCCUAUGAAAGAUCAAGUUGCUUUGACAGCAGAACAAUCAGAGAAAGCAUGUGAAUUUUUAUCAGGUAUAGUAAAAACAACAGCAGAGCUAGGACAAUUAAUGACUCAAAAGUCUGAAGAUUUUAUUGAAAAAAAGAUUAACACAAAAAAUGUAACAGAUACAUUUAAAAUGGAUUAUUGUGUCAAAAAAUCAUUUUUAUUGUUUAAACUGGCGAAACACAACCUAAUUCAGAUGGAAGAAGAUUUGUCAAAACAUUAUGAAGAAUUUUUAAAAGCCAAUGAUUUAUUAAAACAUAGGGAAGAACAGAAAGUUAUUGCUUCAACGUCAAUUGUACACAGUGAUAGUGAUUGCGAAAUUGUUGAAGAGCCACCAGUGAAGACAGGAAUAGAAAAACCAGCAUUUAACCCUAAAACUGUUUUUCUUAAUAAGGAAUUGUCAAUAAAAAUAACAAAAAAAACAACUGAAAAACCAAAGCCCAAAGAGAAUUUAAACAUAAAAGGAAGGCAUACAGUUUGGAUUAAUGAUUCAAUAAUGAUUAAAAAAGUUAAACCAAAUCAGUCUUUUUUAGCCCAGGACAGCCGAAAUAAAAAACCACCUGAUACUUUUGUAACAGUGCAAAUGGUAAGUAAUUUUUUUAAGAUGCAUGAACGUCAAAAGGCAGUACAAAUAUGUGCACCAUAUGUCAAAAAUCAGGGAUUUGGUAGCCAAACAUUUUUAUGUUAUUAUUUUGCUGAAAAACCAACUAAUUUUCUUGAGGAUUCUCAAAUGUCAUAUAAUGAACCUAUAGCAGUACCUGUUGCUGAAUCAGAACCAAACUCUAUGAAUGAAAACAACUUAACAUCAGAUUUAAAUAAAAUGUGUCCCCAGUCACUAUGUUUAAUUUGUACUCAAAUAAUACAGAAACAUAUGUACUACUCAGGAUAUCCUGCUUUGGUGCCUCAGUGCCUCGAAGCCUGUGAGAACAGUGUUGAAAAUAUACAAAAUCAAACUGUUAACUUAACAGUUUCUUCACUUAAAACGCUUUGCUACAAAACAAUUUAUAAAUUAAUGUACAAUCUAAACUUUUGUGACAGUGAAGUUAAGACAGUACUUGUAUGUGAAAAGCAGCAGAAUAAUAUAUGUGAAAAAAACAAAAUCUUAUUUGACAUCAAAAUGGCGAACAUUUCGAAAAAUAGUGUAAAACCUCUAUUUUCUAUUUGUGUAGACUUAUUACAAAAUUGCUUUAGAAAUGAAACUAUUUGUAAAAAACCAACUUUGUUAUACCAUCCUCAUUCAUUAAAAGAUAUAGUGUUUAAAAGGUUUAAAAGCAUUUACUACAAUAACAUGGAAAAUAUUUUUAAAGAGAGCAAUUCAAAAGGUAGAUAUGAAAUAAAAACUUUAACAAAAAUAUGUAUUGACUCAAUUGUAUCAAUUAUAAAUGACAACACAAUCUUUGAUAUGAGUGAUGCACAUAUAUGCAAUCAAAGUAAUAAUUCAAAUACUUGUAAUGUAAUGUCUUUAAAUUAUCUGUGUUUAAAUAAAGUAAGUGCCUUACUAAAUCAACACCAUGAAUAUGAUAAUGUUCAAGCUGAUGGUGAGGCACCAUUAAAUUUCUAUAUAGAAAAGGUUAAUACAGUGUCAGAAGAUGUAUUUUUAGAGGAUAAUUAUCAAUAUCCUGAAAAUGUGAAGAACAUAAGUGAUCAAUAUAUAUAUGCUGAAGAACAUAAUUUCUCUGAUAAUGAGGAAUUAAUUAAUUAUGAUUGUGAGUCCAGAGAAGAUGACAAUAAUUGGGCAUCACAAGUUCAGAUGCAAGAAUUGCGCUCCUGUACAGAUUCAAUGGUUACACAAGAAUACGAAAAAAGUCAAGACCCAGAUAUUUGCCGAAUCAAUAUUAAAAUAGAACCUAUAGAAGAUUUAUCCGAAAGCAUUAUCGAAUCUUCUACGAUAAAAAUUGAACCUGUGGAAGUAGAAGAAACUCAUUUUGCACCAUUAGAUAUUAUUACAAAGCAAGAAAAUGUCAUGUCUAAUUCUUCAAAUAAAGAAGUUAUUCUAAGACAAGACAGUAACAGUUACGAUGUUGACGCUUUUGAAGCCUUUGUUAGUUCAAAUAAAAUGAUUUUAUCUAUGUGUAGCAUUGAAGAUGAAGACAUUUUUACACAAAGUACUUCACGAAUCCGUAGACACUAUGAGCCAGAUUCUGAUGAUACUGAAACUUAUACAGAUACAAUGAAUUUACUAGUACCACAAAAUGUAGAUACAGCUAAAGGAAGACUUAUGGAAAGUAGUUCAGAUGAAAGUAUUAGUAAAAAAAUUGACAAAAGAAAAAUAGAAAAACGAAAAGUUAAACUUAAAAGAAGUAAAAAAGAUAACGUACCACCUACGAAAGAGAAGUUAGUUCUCAACAAUGAUGUUGCUAUUUUAACUAGAAGAAUGCGGGAUAAAAUUAGACAAGUAGAAAAAAAUAAUCAGUCUUCAGAGUCUGAAUUGGAGGACAUGGAUUUAAAUCUGAGGAAGGAUAAAGCAAGAAACAUUGAUAAAAACAAAAAAAUUAAAUCACUUAAUAAUGAUUUACCAGAAAAAGAAAUACAAUGUAAUGAUGUAGAUUCUACCGAAAAACUUGAUGACAAUUGUAUAGAUAAUAAGGGAAAUGAAAAUAUAAAUAUUCAUAUUGACACUAGCAAUAAUAAAACAUUAGACAAUAAAAGUGAAAAAAAUGUAAACUUAAACGCAGACAGUAUUGAACCGGUUCAUGUAAAUGAGUCGUUAUCGUCAUUGAAUAAGUUAGAUGAACCCAUUGAACUCAUCGAAUGUCAACCUACAAUAGAUAAUAUAUUAGAAAAUGAUAUUGAAGAUAACUAUGGCUUUGAAAAUGAGUCAAGUUCAAAAGUAAAAUUGAAUCAAAUCGCCACAGUUCCAUUUAUUGAUCGCCAUGGUUGGAAGUGUUACCCCAUUGAUGGUAAAGAUGGCAAAAUUUAUCAGUGUGCUUAUGUUUCAAUAGACAAACUACCAGAAUCGUUUGUAGAGACAUAUCUCAGAUAUCGGGAUAUAACUGACAAAAAUAAGGAUGAUGCAGAAGUGGACAAAUUAACAAAUUUAAAUUCAUUACAUCAUGCAAUGCAUAUCCAACCAAAAGAUAAUAUAGAAAAAGUAAACAGUAAAAACAAUUGCAAUGAACCAGCAAAAGAAUGCAUCCCUCAAGAGAAUUUACAAACUCAAGUUAAAAUCGAAACACACAAUGAGCUCUCACCUUCAGAAGAUGAAAGGGAAGAUUUUAAAGAUAAUGCUUCUCAUUUUGCGCCGAAACCAAGCUCCGAUAAUUUUUUGGCAAAAGAUUCGCUAAUGGACGAUGACAGUGAAUCAGAAAAGCUUGAAGGUAAGGAAUCGAACGCGGAAGCAAAUGUUGUUGACGAAAUCAGUCAUAAAACUAGAGCGGGGCGUUUGUUAAAAUCAAAAGAUAAGAUCAAGUUGAAUCCUGAAGAUUUGAUGCUUACUGCUGACAAAAUGAUGAAUAAGGAAUUAGCGCUGCUACACGCCCCCGUUCAACUGAAAGAAGAAAUAGAAGAUAAAAAAGACUUUAUAAUUAGGCCUACCAGAAGUUCUUAUAGAAAUGCAACUAAAAUACAUGUAAUAAAAGAAUCAAAGGGAGAAGAUGACUCAUCAUCGGAAGAGGAAAAGCAAUGGUUUACGACUAAGGAAAAACUUUUGAAAAGAUUAGGAAAGAAACAAGAAGUUCCAAACGAGGACGACGCGAAGCGUGUGAAGCUCGUGAACGAGUUCAUCGAGAAGCGUGGGGACGGCAUCGAGACCAGGCAACGCGCGCGACCGCGACGACGCUCGAACAAGAAGCUGCUCGAGCGACGCAAGCAGAUGAAGAUACUUUCAAAGGAACUGUUUGGAGAUGAAAACUCACAUUCCGGCAAGAAAUACCAAUCUCAGACUAACAUGAGCAAGGGUCGGCGAAACAUAAGGAAGGUAAUUGAUAAGAAAUCAUUGGGACGUAGCACUGUUUUGGCGAACAUGGAGGAAUUUGAGAGAAAACAGAGACUGAGUCAACGACAAGCUCAACUUAGAGAAGUCCUCGGUUGCGAAGAGGGAGUGAACGUGGUGGUCAUCAACGACGAGCUCUGUCUAGAAUACGACUUUCAAGAGCUUCGGCCAGUCGUGUCGGUCCACCCAUUCUUCACGAAAGUCAUGAAGGCGCACCAGUACGAGGGCGUGAAGUUCAUGUGGGACGCGUGCUUCGAGAGCGUGGCGCAGGCGGCGAGCGGCGGCGGCGGCGGCGGCGGCAGCGGCGGCGGCGGCGGCGGCGGCGGCGGCGGCGGCGGCGGCUGCAUCCUGGCGCACUGCAUGGGGCUCGGCAAGACGCUGCAGGUGCUCGCGCUGCUGCACACGGUGCUGACCCAUCCAAAGGUGGGAAUGCGUCGAGUGCUAGUGUGCUGCCCUCUAUCUACUGUGCUCAACUGGGUGGACGAGAUCAACAAGUGGAUCGGUCCAGUGACCGACAAAAUCAAGCAACGCAAUAUAAAAAGGAAGCUCCAGGUAUUCGAGCUAUCGAAAUUAAAAAAGACUUAUGAACGCGCCUACCAGCUCGAAGACUGGUUCAAAGGUGGUGGAAUUUUCAUUAUCGGCUACGAAUUAUUCCGUAGUCUAACGACACUCGACCCGAUGCUCGACAACGUGAGACCUACAAUCGUGAAGAAGAUCAGAAUGGCGUUGCUGGACCCGGGACCGGAUAUGAUAAUAUGUGACGAGGGGCAUUUACUCAAAAACGACUGUUCCGUCCUCGCUGUGGCGAUGAGCCGGGUCGUCACCAAGCGGAGGAUCAUACUAACCGGUACACCCAUGCAGAAUAACCUACGGGAAUAUUAUUGUAUGGUCAAUUUCGUCAAGCCUAAUCUGCUUGGAACGUAUUCGGAGUACUCCAAUCGGUUUGAAAAUCCCAUAAUGAAUGGCCAGCAUAGAGAUUCGAGAGAAGAGGAUAUUAAGCUAAUGAAGGCGCGAACUCAUAUACUUCAUAAAGUACUUGAAGGCUGUCUGCAACGGCAAGAGGCGUCGGUGCUGUACCCUUACCUGCCAAAGAAAUAUGAAUACACGGUAUUCAUAACGUUGACCGAGUGUCAAAGGGAAUUGUACAACCAUUACCUCUCCAAUUGUACAAAAGAGACCAAACAGAGUGUUCUUAAAGACUUCCACGUACUACAAAAGAUCUGGACACACCCCCAGGUGCUGCAUAACUUUUUAACGAGGGCACGAGAUGAUGGAACCGAUACCAAAAUUAAAGUGGAGAAGUUAGAGGACGACCUGGCGCGCGAGGACCUGGGCGCGUCGGAGGACGCCAAGCCCGGCACCACGGACACGUGGUGGCUGCCGCACGUGGCGCCCGACCAGCUGCACGCGCUCCACAGCUCCUACAAGUUCCUCGUCGUGUUUCGCCUGCUCGACGAGUGCGUCGCGCUCGGCGACAAAGUGCUGAUCUUCUCGACGUCGCUGUACACGAUGGACGCGCUGGAGUACUUCCUGCGGCGCGAGCGCGCGUGGGCGCUGGGCCGCGACUACUACCGCCUGGACGGCUCCGUGCCGGCCGAGGUGCGCCAGAAGUGGUGCCGCGAGUUCAACGCGCCCAACAACGUCACCACCAGGUUAUUUCUAAUAUCCACACGAGCGGGUUGUCUCGGUCUCAACAUGACGGCAGCUAAUCGUGUCAUUAUCCUGGAUACGUCGUGGAAUCCGGCUCACGACAUACAGAGCAUAUUUCGCGUUUACCGCUUUGGACAAAAGAAAGACUGUUAUAUAUACCGUCUUGUAGCUAUGGGUACCAUGGAGCAGAAGAUAUACGAGCGGUCGGUGACCAAGCAGGCGGUGGCGUGUCGCGUGGUGGACGAGCAGCAGAUCGACCGACACUACAACAUGUCCGAUCUCUCCGAGUUGUACAAACUGGACGCGGCGGGCGCGGGCGUGGCGGCGGGGCUGGCGGCGGGCGUGCGCGACGCGGCGCUGCUGCGCGUGGCGCGCGCGGACGAGGCGGGCGCGGCGCUGCACGCCGUGCACGAGCACGACUCGCUGCUGCGCGGCUCCGGCGAGAGCGGCCUGCCCGAGGACGAGCGCGCCGCCGCCUGGAUGCAGUUCCAGCAGGAGCACGCCGCCAACCACACCACAAUAAAAAAUAUUGAGAUCGAUCUCUUGAUGGCAAAACAGACCGAAAAAAAAAUCGUACCUAAAAUUGAAACUCGGUCGCAAGCAGACGCUGAUAAAUCUAAAAAUAUACAAGAAGGAAAAUGUAAAAGAGAAAAAACGAACUGUACGACAACUAGCUAUCUAGACUCACAGCCAUCGACAAGUCGACAAUCAGAAUCUGCUCUUAAUCCAGAAACCGAAGAGUCGAUGAUAAAAAAAAUAAUGAGUAUUCUUAUCAAACAUAACUUUCACAGUACUAAAACUUCAGAAGAAAUAUCGGAUUUAGUAGUAGAUGUCCGAAAAGUUGUGGCUAAUGCUAAUAAAGAAUUUCUUGAUGAUGUUAAUCCCUUGGCUGCAAGUAUCGCUAAGGUUUUAUUAGAAAGCGAGGCUUUACCCAUACCGGAAUCGAACGACGUAAAUCGUAAUAAUGAUGUUUCUGAUGUUUUGAUUUGUGACGAAGAUAUACGUGCUGUUGAAAGCGACGAUAAAGAUACAGCUAAACAAGAACACUACGAUAGGAAACGACGAAAAGAGCGAAGACAAUCAGACGAGGAAUACGUCCCUGAAAAAAGUCGAAGGAAAAAGAAAGUAAUAUCUAGUGAAAAACCAAAGAGAAAGAAAACAAAUGAAAAAAAUGAUUUCAUUCUAUUUGAUAACAGCUUAUUUAACAAUUCUGAAAUCCAACAAACAGAAAUUGAGACUGGAUUAAUCGAAUCAGAAAAAAGUGUAUCCACGGAACAGGAAAUGCCUAAUAAUAAUGCAACUACCGAAAGAAUAUUAACAAAGCAAUUGAUAAAAGAAGAGACGAUACAAGUGGAAAUGUCUCAAAGUAAAAAAUCAGUGGAACAAAUCAAAAUUAACGACAGCUGUAUAGCUGUUGAAAGCAUUAUUCUAAGUGAUGAUGACGAUGAACCAUUAGCUGCAAUAAAACCUACGGAAAAUGUAAACAUGGAUAAUUUAAAAGGAAAUAAAGAUGACAAAGAUGAAGAUGACGUAGUAAUACCACUACAUCCAACAUUAUUAACUAAUAAAAACUUUAUUAAAAUUGUAGCCCAUACAUAUUUGAGUGGAAAUCCAAUGUUGGAUGAAGAUGCGGCGAUUCUUGCAGCUCAAUACAGUGCGUUAAAAGCUUUUAAAGAAGUUAAAUCGACUGGAAAACAAAUUACCAGCGGCCCCCUAUAUGAUAUUGCAGUACAGGUUUUGGGGAAGAAUUUGUUGAAGAAAUUACAAACUUUGCGCAGUGGUGUAAAAGAUUUUCCUAUAUCGAUUGAGCCAGAAAAUACUAACAACCAAAAUGACGUAUCAAUUAAAUCUCCCAGCGAACCAAAACUAAGAAAGGAUACCGUAACCGUAACGAAGACAAAAAAUUCCAUCAAAAACAAACAAUCGGUUAAGCAACGACAAUCUCUAAUAAAUAAUACUCAGGACUGUAAAAGGGGAGAAGUUGAUUUAAACCAGUUCGGAACACGACCUGAAGCUGUACCUAUCGCGUCCGGUUCGCAUAGUGUAGUUCCUGUUGGAAUAUUCAGAGGUCCUGCUUCCAUUCAUACAAACGAGCCGCCAUUGCAAGACGAAUGUAUUUUACCCGACGAUGACGAUGACGAUGUCAUGAUAACCCCACUAAAUACAAAAGCAACUUCCGUAACUCCAUCCAUCUGCGAAAAUAAUAUGACUAGGCGAAAUUCACAGAAACUUUUAGUCAAUGCGGUCGUAGCGGAUAGCCCCAAAAUAGAACAAACUACGAAAUAUGUAUUAAUGCCGAGCCCUGUCAAUUUAAUAGUUACACCUAUUUCAACGGUUGUUACAAAACCAACAACAACGGAUAAUGCAAAGGUAGGUCACGCAGUAGAAAUCACUAAUCCAGGGAUAUCGAAGCUGAGUGAUACGAUAUGUUUAGAUAGUGAUGACGAUGAUAUUAUGUCAGAUGUCAGUAAUGUCAAUCCAGUUCGAAAAGAACAGAAAACGACACCUUUAGAAAAAAGUGUUACCAUACCCGAUAAUGUUUCUACGAAAAAACCUUUUGUGGAGUCUCGUGCGGAUAUACCAAUUAACAGUCUAACAAGAUUAAACAAAAAAAAAAUCGACAUUCCAGUUUUGAAAGAACCUUCCAAAAACAUGCAUUCUACUAAAAAUGCCAAGGAACGUGUAGGACCUUCACCAACUUCUAAUAAAGAGUCACAAAAAGAACUUCAGAAAACAAAAUGUAAGCCCGGGGAUUUUUUAAGAAUAACAAAAUCGGGCAAAAUUGAAGUGUUAAAAAGAACUAAACACAUUUCAGCUUCUGUUUCCUCAUUUACACUAAACGAAGCUCUGGGACAAACUUCUGCAGAUUCGGAAAAUAUUACAGAUGAUUGUCAGAUUAUAUCUCCAGAAGUAGUUGAAAACAUCACAGAGAAAAUAAUUACUAGGAGUCCUAAAAUAGUAACAGAGAAAACAAAACCCAAAAAUACGAAAGAGAUUGAGAAAAGUACAAAUAGUAUUCACUCUAAAACUAAAACACCAGAUCCACUCUCAGUGCUUAAAGAUAUAAUACAUAUACCAUCCGGUACGCAUGAGAAGGUAGAAGAGAAAACUGAAGUGAGUAAUGCAAAUAAUAAAAUAGAUCUUACAGUUACAAGUAAUAAAGUGUCCAUGAUUGCUCCAUCGACGAGCAAGCAAGAUGUGAAAAAUGACAAAUCUAUUACGAAAAGUUGUAUAAAUGCCGAGAAAAAUACUGCGAAAUCAUAUGUUUCCAUUGCAAAAAUCAUAGAAACACGUCAGCCGACGAGUAAAAUUAAAAAGGUUGAAAUGAAAAACACAGGAAAAAAACAUGACGACAAGAAUAAAAAUAAUAAAAUAGACCUCACCUCUUGUGACAUCGUGUUUAAUAACACUCCGUCGACGAGCAAGAAAGAAGAUAAUAUGAAAGUAAUCGAUCUAACAAAUAAUGUUCCCGUAACAGAUGACGCGGACAAGAGAAUUGUAAUUAAAAAAAAAGAUUUCGCCGCAAUUGCUGGCAUUUCGAAAGAUGUAAUUAUAAACAAAAUGGGCGAAUUAUUGAACAACUCGAAAAAUACUCCGACAAAAGAAGUGACAAAAGUAUUAAAUAAUAAAAAUAAAACAAGUACAAGAAAGAGCGCCACUCUGACUCUACAAAAAGUAGCUACAAGUGAAAGCUUAAAGCGUACAUCGCCCUGGCAGGAUUCUGCUAUUAAGAAGAUAAAACAAGAAUCUACAAAACCUAUGUCUCUGAAAGACUUCAAUCUGGACGACUUUGAAGACAUCAUAGAGUUAGAAUAACAAAUUAUAUAUUUCGUAUAUAAUACGCUUUGUCAUAAUCAUGACUGUGGUACAUAUUCAGUUUUAUGAUAAUAAAAUAAGUAAUAGAAGAAAUAAGUAGUAUUUAUGACUCAUAUCGUUUUAUUUAAUGUUUGUAUGUUUCCUUUUCUCAAGAAUGAUGAAUGAUUUUUGAUUGUGAUACAAAAUAUUUUAUGUUAAAGAAAUAAUUUUUUAUUUAGUUUAUGAUUAUUAUUUCACUUUUUAUAGUACUAUCGUUUCAUAAGAUAAAAAAUAUAAUUAGGAGUAGAUAAUAUUAGCCUUCCUAACAGCUAUUAAGUACUAAUUUUUAAAGUGUUGUUGAAUGUGAUUCUAUUUUUUAUUUAAAAUGAUUAUUUGGUGCCAGCUAAAUUUGUUUUGUUAAACAGAAGUAAAUAUUAUCGGUGUUUUCAGGUGUAAGAUCUUCUUAUCAUCAUUGAUAUUUUAUUCCAUAUUAAUUACACAUUGAACAAACAGGAAAAUGUUUGCUUGAAAUAUGUUAGUGUAAAUCUUUAAAGUUAUAAAAAUAGAAAGAGAACAUAAAAUAUAAGUCAGUCAGGGCGUUGUGUCGCCCCUUUAUUAUAUAUACAAUUAAGAUAUAGAUGACAUGUUUAUGUAAAAGUAAGAUUUAUGUUUAUAAUCUUUGAAAAGAAUUAAAGAUAUUAUUUCA